CGGAGCAGUGCAUGCAUCGUAUGGUCCAAAGCUGAACUUACACUGCUCUGUGCACCGCAGACCACAGUUCGACAGUAACUCAGAAGCUCAAGAAUGAAUGCCACGAAGACGAGAGGCACAUUGUUUAUCAUCUCCUUUGCACUACCAAUCACGCUGUUUUCUUUCCCACCAUCGAUUUUAUUCAAAACCCUCUACCGCAGACGAGGCAGCUGUUUAAAUAAGAGUGUACUAGUCAGUGGUCUGUGUGCGACAAUCUGCAAUAUACCUUCUUUCCCAGGGACAUCUACAAGGAAGCAGAUUCUCCUUUCCAAUACUCGCCUAGGAAGGAAAUGGGAAGGGGUGAAGCUUGGACGUCUGGAGAACACGACAACGGCGAAGGCAGCACUUGCAUGUACAUGACAACAAAAUCAUAUCUUACUUUGGCCACCCCUUUGCUCCUGGACCUCAAUGGUCCCUUUCUCACGCCUCAUCUUGUGUCAUAUCUGCUGCUCUAUCCGACGUAGAAGGUUGCCCUC